AUGAAGGCCAGUGGCACUUCCGUCAUAGGAGCCUUAGCCGUGCUACAACUUCAGGCCGCACCUUCAGACGCCGUCCAAGUGAGCGUCCGUGGCAGCUUCGACGACGAGCUGUGCACCAACGUCUCGACCGUGGCAAUCGAGGAGGGCGGCUGCGACGACGACGACGACAAUUCGUCCGAGUGCAUGGGGUUCGGUUCUGGCCCGUACUACGCACAAAGGAGCUGCGGUGACAGUCGCACCAUCGUCAUCGACGCGACUUUCGGACAAGCGCCGUAUUUCAUGAUCGAGUAUUACGAGGACGUCGACUGCAAGAAACUGGCUUCGAGCGAGGCCUACCUCGCUGAUGGCGAGUGUCACUACUUCACGAUGGGCUCUGUGAGGGUGUGGACGGCCGAAGACAAGUCAUUGGCAGCAGUGCUCCAAGGAAAUUGUGAGAGCGGCGACUGA